AUGUCUUCUCCAAACGGCUGGCAAAAGGAUGUUUCCGCAAUUUUGACAACGAUCCAGCUGCUCCUAAAGAGUCAAGUGGGAUAUGAAGGUCGAAAAUUUGGUGAGACGCUCUCGAAAAAGAGUCUUGAGGCCAUAAUCGCUGCCGGGAAAGUUCAACGACCAUUCGACGACCCGAAUUAUGGAAGAAAUCAGUAAGUUUGCGUGUUUUCAAUUAGUUUUUUCCCUUUAGAUUCGAUUUUGAGAAAGAAACACGCACCUUUUUGAAGCAGACUCGGGAAAUCAUCGAUAAAGAAGUGAAGCCCAUCUUGGAUCAGACCAAAAUCAAUCUAGAAAAGGUUGCCACACCUCUGGCCACGUCGAGCAAUUUGAAAAUUCAAGAUAAAGUCGAGGCAACUAUCUUCAAUCCAAUUCCGGAGGGACUAACACCUGAAGAAGAAGAGGUUUUGAUCAGAGAGGCUCAAAGAGUUGGUGUUACAAUCAAAAAACCCCCACCGAUAGCUGAAGUACCUCUAGCAACAAAGGAUAGACAUCAACAAGUCUAUCGGCCAUCACUUCCAAAGGUAGAAAUUGCUGUUUUUAUCUUAUUCUUUAGGACUACAGAGUUGAUCUCAAUUACAACAACAAAAACCUCUCCAAAUCGCAGGAACGGAAGGUGCCAUCUAGUCGAAUAGCACGAGUAGCGAAUUUCGGUGCUUUGGCAUUUGGUUUGGGAUCAGGAGCGGUGGCGGAGGUUGGGCGCAGGACGAUUGGGAUCAACGAUGCUAAUUUUCAAGCUCAAAAUCCUUUUUUGACUUCUGCAAAUGCUGAAAGAGUUGUUGAGACACUGUGUAGAGUUCGUGGGGCUGCUCUGAAAUUAGGGCAGAUGUUGAGUAUUCAAGGUAAGAAUUUUUUUAUAUUAUACUUGGUCUUUAGGUCAAAAAGUGAACGUUUAUAUUCAAAAUUUUGAGUUUGAUGUUUAAAAUGUCUCAGCAUCUCUAAAUGAGCUGUCUUUGAUGAAUACUUAUCCUUUUUAAGUUUGAUUUAAAAAAUAUUUAUAUUACACUUGACAUCAAGAUAAAAUAUUUUGAUGUUUUAUGCCCAAAUGAUGUUUGCUGAUCUUAUUGGACUUUACAAAAUACAUUUUUAACAUUUUUUAGAUGAGACGUUAAUCCCCAAGUAUUGGCUUGAUAUUUUUGAUCGAGUUCGGCACAGUGCGGAUUUCAUGCCAAUAAAGCAAGUAAAACAGCAACUUUCUGCCGAGCUCGGUCCAGAGUGGCGCCAACUUUUUGCCGAGUUUGAUGAGAAACCAUUUGCAGCCGCUUCCAUUGGUCAAGUAAGUCAUUUUCAACAUUAUUUUUUCUGAUCUUUAGGUUCAUAAAGCAACAUCACUGGAUGGGAAAAAGCUCGCUGUCAAGGUUCAAUACCCCGGUGUAGCGGACGGAAUAGAUGCGGAUAUUCAAAAUCUCGUCUCGAUCUUGCGCUUUGGCGGGUUCUUCCCUAAGGGCAUGUAUUUGGAGGAGUUCGUUAAAGUGGCUCGAAGAGAACUCAAAUUGGAAUGCGAUUAUAUCCGAGAAGCCGAAGCCAUCGGGCGAAUGAGAGAGUAUUUGGCCAAAGAUGACAGCUUCUUCAUCCCAGGAGUGUUUCCAAACUUGUCGUCGAAGAAGGUUUUGACAACAGAGUUUAUCGACGGGAAACCCGUCGAUGAAUGUGUUAAUGAACCGCAAGAAGUCCGAGAUUAUAUCGCAGCAAAGUUCAUGGAAUUAUGCUUGAGGGAAGUGUUUUUGUUCAGAUUUAUGCAGGUGAGAAGGUUGAGAAUUUUGCGAUAUUGUACUUGAUAUGUGGAUAUUGAACUUGAUUUUUUUCUUUUGAAUUUGAUGUUUUAUAGUCAAGAAUAGUCCAUUGGAGCUUAGAUGUGAUUUUCUUGGCGUUGAUUUGUUAGUUUUAGGGUUUUUUCAGAUUUUGGGACAUUAUUUUAGAUAUCGACCUUGUUUUAGAUAGAUUUGGGGAAAAAAUUGGGCUGAUCUUUGAUAAAUACGGCUAAUAUUGUAUUCUGUGCUCCAUAGUUUGUGUAGAGAAAAAUUUCGGAUGAUUAAAAUUUUUUUCUGACGAUUUGCGAUAUUAUACUAGCAUUGUUACCUAAAUUUUUGAAAUUCUCUUUAAUUUUUGACGUUUUUUUAGUUUCUAUAGUUGUCAAAUGGAUCAUAAAGCUGUCUGAUUCUAUUGAAGUAUUUUUUAGAUCUAAUUUGAACUAUUUUUUAUCCAAAAUGAGCUAAAAUUUUUAGUUCAAGAUCAAAAAAAAAUUUUUUUUUUCAGACCGACCCCAACUGGUCCAACUUUUACUUCGGAAUCCACCCACAAACUGGCGAGAACCGCCUAAUUCUCCUUGAUUUUGGCGCUGCACGAGAAUAUCCGAAGGAAUUUGUGGACAAAUACAUGAAAAUCCUUCAAGGAGCAUAUAAUGAAGACCGCGAAGCAAUGCUAAAAUACUCAAGAGAGAUUGGAUUCCUCACUGGAUUUGAAGAUAAACUAAUGGAGAAGGCCCAUGUGGACUCGAUUAGCAUCUUGGCGGAGACUUUGGUUGCUGAUGAACCAUACGAUUUUGGACGGCAGGUGGGUGAUUUUUGAGUUUUUUCUUUGGUGUUUAGGGUAAAAUACGAAUGGAAAUUGGGAUAAAUUUGAUAUUCAAUCAAGUUGUUUGGAAAAAUUGGCGGAGUUCAAAUGAUUUUUCGAUUUUUUUGUCAAAAGUUGAGAUUUUCGUUGAUUUUUGGAAAAACGUUAGUGUUUUCUUCAAAUUUCUGACGGUGAAAGGUUGAGAUAAACUUCAGAAUUUCAAAGAGGAUCUAUUUAUAUAAAAAGUCGGGAGUUUAAAGCAGUGAAACUGUCCAAAAAUCGAAAAUUUAUCUGAACUAUCUAGUAUAAUAUAAUUUUUGCCGAAAAAGUUAGAAAUUUAUUUGUAUUGCCUAAAUUUUUGCAAUCAUUAGUUCUCUUUUUUUAGGAUGUCACAGCCCGAGUCCAAAAAUUGGUCCCCAUCAUGCUGGAACAUCGACUAAAAGCACCCCCGGAAGAGAUCUACUCCCUCCAUCGAAAGCUCUCCGGCGCGUAUUUAUUGGCCACGAAACUCAAAGCCAAAGUGUCAUGUGGCCCACUGUUUAAGGAGAUCUGCGAUCAGUACCAAUUUGGAGAAAAAAGGAGAAGAGAAAACAGUGUGUGA